AUUUCUAUUAUUGAUAAUCUAUCCUCCGGAUCUCAAGCAAAAUCCUCAAAAACAAAAGAGUGUUCCCUAAAUAUAGACAAAGAAUGUUAAUGAAAACCGUUGGUGAUUACAUUGUUGUGUUAUUAAUAACACACAUCUGUAUCUUCCUUUAACCCUCUCAUGCCCAUCUAUAAACAUCCUUGGGUCUCUUCCAAGGUUUCUGUUUUAGCCAUGGCUAAACCUCCUUCCAUUGUGUGUUGCAUCUUCCUCUUAUUCUUCUUCUUUUCCUCCUCCUCCUUUGUCGCAUUUGCCCUAACCGAUACCGAAGCUGCCUUCAUCGUGCAGCGACAGCUCUUGACAUUACCAGCAAACGGUGAACUUCCUGAUGACAUUGAAUACGAGGUUGAUCUCAAGGCUACAUUUGCAAACACAAGGCUUAAAAGAGCUUACAUAGCUCUUCAAGCAUGGAAAAAGGCUUUCUUCUCGGACCCGUUCAACACCACGGGAAACUGGCAUGGCCCUCACGUGUGUGGAUACAACGGUGUGGUAUGUGCACAGGCUCUAGAUGAUGCCGAUGUCACGGUUGUAGCUGGUGUUGACCUUAAUGGUGCGGAUAUCGCCGGGCAUUUGCCUGCUGAGCUUGGUUUGCUGACAGAUGUUGCUUUGUUCCAUUUGAAUUCUAACCGGUUUUGUGGUAUCAUCCCUAAGAGCCUUGAGAAGUUGAGGCUGAUGCAUGAAUUUGAUGUCAGUAAUAACCGUUUCGUUGGACCUUUUCCAGACGUCGUCCUCGCAUGGCCUGAUGUUAAGUUCAUCGACCUUAGGUUCAAUGAUUUUGAAGGUCAAGUCCCUUCUGAGUUGUUCAAGAAAGAGCUAGACGCUAUUUUCUUGAACAACAAUAGAUUCACCUCGACGAUCCCUGAAUCUCUAGGAGAAUCUCCAGCCACGGUUGUGAGUUUUGCGAACAAUAAAUUCACCGGAUGUAUUCCCAAAAGUAUCGGAAACAUGAAGAAUCUCAACGAGGUUGUCUUCCUGGACAACAAGUUGGGCGGUUGUUUCCCGUCUGAAAUCGGAAAGCUGUCGAAUGUGACGGUUUUCGAUGCGAGCAAGAACACAUUCAUAGGCCGUCUCCCCACAAGUUUUGUCGGGUUAACGGGUGUGGAGGAGUUUGAUAUCUCAGAGAACAAACUGACCGGAUUAGUAGCGGAUAACAUUUGCAAGUUGCCUAAUUUGGUGAACUUCACUUAUUCCUACAAUUAUUUCAAUGGACAAGGUGGUUCGUGUGUUCCGGGUGGUGGUCAAAAGGAGAUUGCAUUGGAUGACAUACGCAAUUGCUUACCUCAUCGACCUGAUCAACGGUCUGCCAAGGAAUGUGCAGUAGUGAUCAGCCGUCCGGUUGACUGUAGCAAGGACAAGUGCGCUGGUGGUGGCUCCUCUACUCCAACGAGAACAUCACCGGUUCACGAGCCAUCGCCAGUUCCAACUGUGCCUGCUCACAAACCAUCGCCAGCUCCGACGGUGCCUGUUCACAAACCGUCGCCAGUUCCAUCUGCGCCCGUUCACAAGCCAUCGCCAGUUCCAACUGUGCCUGAUCACAAACCUUCACCAGUUCACAAGCCAUCGCCAGUUCCAACUGCGCCUGAACACAAACCAUCGCCAGUUCCAACAAAACCGGUUCACAAACCACAAUCACCGAAAGAGUCACCGCAACCGGAUGAUUCUUUUGAUCAAUCGCCAGUGACGAAACGACGCAGUCCUCCUCCACCCCCAGUGGUUUUCUCUCCUCCACCAACUCCGGUAAGCUCUCCUCCUCUCCCUUCACCACCACCACCAGUUCACUCUCCGCCACCACCUCCACCACCAGUCCACUCUCCACCACCACCCGUUCACUCUCCACCACCACCUCCUCCACCAGUCCACUCUCCACCACCACCUGUUCAUUCUCCACCCCCACCUCCUCCACCAGUCCACUCUCCCCCACCACCAGUCCACUCUCCCCCACCGCCUGUCCACUCUCCUCCACCUCCGGUUCACUCCCCACCACCUCCGCCUGUCCACUCUCCUCCUCCACCUGUUUUUUCACCACCACCACCGAUACAUUCCCCUCCGCCACCAGUCCAUUCGCCUCCUCCACCUGUUCAAUCGCCACCGUUGCAAUCUCAACCACAAAGACCGCCUAAGAUCGACUCCCCACCACCACCAGCUCCAGUAGAAAGCAAAGAGGAACCGAAGGCACAAGAACCAGCUUCAAGUGGUGAUUUCAUCUUACCACCCUUCGUCGGCCACCAAUACGCAUCACCACCACCUCCAAUGUUCCCAGGAUACUAA